AUGGCCGGAGGAAAACCAGGACCGACAAAAAAGAGGAAGGCAGCGAAUGGACGACUAAGCAAGUCGGUAAUGCCCAGAAGAAGAAUGAUGGUGAAACAGACUUUAAAGUCUAUAGUUAAGGGUAAUAAAGUAGAAGUUUUUCUUGAUUUUAUUUCAAAAAUGUUGAAAGUUCCCAGGCCUGUCAUCACUAAGAAUACCAUUGUACUUCCUUACAAAAGUAAAGAGGAAGUCUCUAGCAUGGAAACGGAUGUUAAACAUAAUAGUUGGUUUGUAACAUUGAUCCCAAAGGACAUACAGCUGAACUUGGAUAUGAUAGAGCUCAACUUCUAUAUGCGAUUGGUAAAGGGGCAUGCAUUGACCUUUCCCAUUACAUCUUCCAACUGA